AUGCAUCUUUUGUCAUUCUGUCGGACGGUGGAAGUUGUCAUAUUGGAUAGAAAUGACAGUCCCCCGGAGUUCAAAAACACACCAGCAGCGUACACGGCGUCCGAGGAUCUCACUCCUGGCCAGAUUAUUGCAAGGAUCACGGCAGAGGACCCCGACACCAUCGGAACGAUUACAUACAGCAUACAGUCAAAUGAUGCGACGCCAUUUUUGUUGGAUAGACUGACCGGAGAUCUAAGCCUGAAGGAGCCCUUGGAUAGAGAAACGACGUCAGAAUAUGAAGUAGUCAUUCGGGCUGAUGAUGGAAUGCAGUUUACAGAUGUGACAGUCGUUAUACAGGUGACGGACACAAACGAUAAUCCACCUGUGUUCAAAGAGAGCGCGUACUCCUUCGACAUAGCAGAGAACGCAGCGCGAGGCUCCGUAGUUGGCACUGUGGCGGCCAUCGACCCCGACGCCGGCCCCAACGCCCAGUUGACAUACACCGUGAUCUCUGACUGGGCUAAUGAUAUCUUCUCGCUCAACCCGCAGACCGGCGUCUUUACAUUGACAGCUAGGCUUGAUUAUGAAGAGACACCACACUAUAUAUUAGUGACACAGGCACAAGACAACGGACAGCCAUCACUUUCAGGAACGGUUACGAUAUAUAUAAAUGUCAUUGACCUUAAUGACAAUGCCCCUAUAUUCGACCCUAUGAGCUUUUCCAAUGAGAUCCUGGAAAAUGUACCGGUUGGAACCUCUGUGGUAACAGUUAGCGCCACUGAUUUAGAUUCAGGUUGGAAUGGAAAAUUGGCAUACAGUAUCACUUCAGGAGACGAAAACAAUGAUUUUACUAUUACUUCCAACGGCACAAUCCAUACUGCAAGCCUUUUAGACCGAGAAAAGAUAUCCAUGUACAACCUUAUAGUGAUUGCUAAGGAUUUGGCAAAACCGCCAGAACCCCAGCUCUCAUCAACUGUUCAGGUUACGAUACAAUUAAAGGAUGUAAACGAUAUGGCACCAGAGUUUUUAAGUCCUAAUUCUACAGCUGUUUCCGAGAACAUACCUUUAAACACUGUGAUUAUGACAAUAAAAGCAAUUGACAAAGAUGAAGGAAGAAAUGGAUAUGUUGAGUACUUCAUGGAUUCCGAUCCAGAAAUUAAUGGCUACUUCUCCUUAGGCAAUGUGGAUGGUAUCUUACGAGCUACAGGGAAACUUGAUCGGGAACUAAAGUCAUCUUAUACGAUUACCGUGAAAGCAAAAGACAGGGGAGAUCCUCCACAAAUUACGUCAACUAAAAUUGAUAUCAAAAUUCUUGACGAGAAUGAUAACAGCCCGGUGUUUGAUCCAAAACAGUACAGUGCUUCAGUGCCAGAGAAUGCUAGUAUAGGUGCUAGUGUUUUACAAGUGUCUGCAACAGAUAUAGAUGAAGACGCAAAUGGUAGAGUUAGAUAUUCAAUAGAUUAUGGAGAUGAUAAUAGAGAUUUUAGUAUAAGUGAAGAUACAGGCAUUGUACGAGUUGCAAAGAAUUUGAACUUUGAGCGAAAAUCUCGUUAUAUUCUUACGAUAAGAGCGGAAGAUUGUGCUAAAGAUGAUGUUAGAUUCGAUACAGCAGAACUAUCAAUAUCAUUGCAGGAUAUAAAUGAUAAUCCGCCAACAUUUUUAGAUUCUCCUUAUUUAGCUAAUGUUAUGGAAAAUGUUAUCCCACCCAACGGUGGCUUUAUAUUAACAGUUCAUGCUUAUGAUGCUGAUUCGCCGCCUUUUAAUAACCAAGUACGUUACUUUAUAAAGGAAGGCGACGCAGACCUAUUUAAAAUUAAUGCGUCUUCCGGUCAAAUAUCUUUACUGAGAACUUUGGAUCGAGAGGCUCAAGAUGAAUAUACAUUAUCGUUGGUUGCCAUGGAUACAGGUUCACCUCCUUUGACGGGUUCGGGCACGGUGAAAGUAAUUGUACAAGAUGUCAACGAUAAUAGUCCUGAUUUCGAAAGACAAGAUUAUAAAGCUCAUAUCAAAGAGAAUUCACCACCAGGAACCUUUAUAUUAGGUCCAAAAGCAAUUGAUAUUGAUAUAGAAAAUAAUGCUAAAAUUCGUUAUAGCCUUCUUGGGGAUAAAUCCGAACGAUUUUCCAUCAAUUCCAAGACAGGAACAAUUAUGACAAAUGAAACUUUGGAUAGAGAAGAGUGGGAAGUCUAUUAUUUAAUAGUAAUGGCUCAGGAUUCAUCAACGACGGACCCAAGGACAGCAACUGCCAACGUUACAAUAAUUGUAGAUGAUGAAAAUGAUAAUACUCCGACGUUUACCCAAAAGACCUAUGAAGUAUUUAUUUCCGAAAAAACAAAACCUAACGACUUUGUUUUUGGUGUUAAGGCUAAAGAUAAUGAUAUCGGACUAAAUAAAAAAAUUGUAUAUGAUUUAAAAGGUGAACACAAGAACUUAUUUAAUAUCAACCAGCAAACUGGCGUUAUUAAAGCCAUGGAAGAUCUUAGUAAAUAUAACGACAGAUCUAGAGGAUUAGCUGCUUUCAAUCUUGUAAUAGUUGCUACAGACAGUGGAACUGUACCGCAACAGAGUACGGCAGAUUUGAUCUUAAUUCCAAAAUCAGGUAAAAACUUUCCACAAUUUACUAUAACAAAUAAAAUGACAUUCACUUUUCCUGAAGAUACACCAGAAGGCGUUUUAGUAACACGUCUAUCAGCAACUUCGCCCAAAAAAGGAGCCCUUGGUUUAUUACAAUAUUCUGUAGCAGGAGGUAAUGUAGGAGAUGCACUUAGAGUUGAGCCAAUAAGUGGCGAAGUGUUUAUCACUGGAAAAGGGUUUGAUUAUGAAACUAUGCCCCUUUAUGACGUAUGGUUUGAAGUAAAAGAUUCAGAUAAUCCACCUUUGAAAUCAUUUAUAGAAAUUGAAGUGAAAAUUACUGAUGCCAAUGACAAUGCCCCAGUAAUUGAACAAAUUUUAUACAAUGCAACCGUUCCAGAAGAGGAAUCGCCCCCACAAACUGUAGUGAAAAUAAAUGCUCACGAUGAUGAUUCGGACGAAAAUGGUAGAAUAAGCUUUAGGCUUUUAAACGACUAUGAAGAAACAUUUGUUAUUGACUCAUACAAUGGAGAAAUCUAUACAAAUAUUGCAUUAGAUCGAGAAUCAAUACCAUUUUAUGAAAUUAUAGUCGAAGCUGUUGAUCAUGGGACACCUCAACUGACAGGUACUUCAACAGUUCUUGUAACAGUUUCGGAUAAAAACGAUAAUCCUCCCAGAUUUACUAGACUCUUCAGCGUAAAUGUGACGGAAAAUGCUGAAAUUAGUUCAUUUGUCAUAAGAGUUACGAGUUCUGAUCAAGAUAUUGGCCCAAAUGCUAACGCUACCUACAGUUUUGUUGAAAAUCCGGGUGAAAAGUUUGUUAUCGACUCUUUUACUGGCAAUGUGACAGUAGCUCGUCCUCUAGAUAGAGAAAUGCAGGAUGAAUAUAUUUUAAAGGUUGCCGCUAUUGAUGGAGCUUGGAGAUCUGAAACUCCGUUAACUAUAACUAUACAAGAUCAAAACGAUAAUGCCCCGGAAUUUGAAUAUUCUUAUUAUAGUUUUAAUUUCCCAGAGUUACAAAAGAAAAAUAGCUUCGUUGGACAAGUUAUUGCUUCGGAUAAAGAUAAGCAAGGCCCAAACUCAAUCAUUUCCUAUUCUUUACAACAAACUUCAGAUUUGUUUUCGAUUGACCCUGCAACGGGAGAAAUACUAAGUAAAUUUACAAUGAACUAUAAACGCACAAUGGUAUACCCAUCCCCAGAAAAUUCUUAUUCCGUAACCGUUGUUGCAACUGAUAAUGGAAAACCACCUAUGUCAUCCGAAUGUUUAGUUACGAUUAAUAUUGUUGACGCCAAUAAUAAUAAACCAAAGUUUGAACCCCAUGAAAAACUUGUUCCUGUUCCAUACGAUGCCUUGAUUGGUGAAAAAAUUAUUAACCUAGAAGCAAAAGAUACACUGGACUACGGUAUCAAUGCUGAAAUAGAAUAUUAUGUGUUCAGUGGUAAUGGAACUGCUUACUUUACUGUGGAUAAGAUAUCAGGGUGGAUCAUUGUUAACAAACAAUUCCACAUUGUUGGACAAUUUUAUAAUAUAAAAGUAAAAGCUAUUGAUCGUGGAGUUCCACCCCAGCAAGAUGAAACUAGCCUUAUAUUUGUUGUAACAGGAGAAAAUAUUCAUAGCCCUAAAUUUACAGCUCUCAGCUAUCAAGUAAUUGUUCCAGAAAAUGAACCCAUUGGAUCUUCAAUAUUAACACUUAAAGGCAAUGAUGAGGAUGAUGGUCCUAAUGGUAUUGUAAGAUACGAGAUUUCCUCAGGAAACGAAGAUAACGUCUUUAAAAUCCACCCAGUGUCUGGUGUAAUAAGUAUUCUUCGUUCACUUGAUUAUGAUGAAGUGCAAGAAUAUAGACUUAAUAUUACUGCAAGAGACUUAGGCUUUAAGCCAAAAGAAGCAACGGCUACGGUGACAAUUAUUCUGACCGAUAUAAAUGAUAAUGCACCUGUAUUUAAUCAGACGCAUUAUCAGGCAUAUUUGCCUGAAAAUUCACCAAUUGAUACAUUUAUUUAUGAGGUCCGGGCGAAUGAUAUAGAUUCUCCAAAGAACGCAAUUAUCAAGUACAAAAUAAAAAAUAAAAUGACUGCUUUGUUUUACAUAAAUGAAAACACUGGUAAGAUUUAUUCGAAAGAAAUAUUUGACUAUGAAGAAAAGAAUACAUACAAAUUACAGAUAUUAGCGGAAAACCCGAAUUCUACGAUGCAAAGUACGACGGAAGUUAUAAUUCAAAUUACUGGUGUAAAUGAGUUUUAUCCAAAGUUUGUACAGCCCGUUUUUCACUUUGACGUUUCGGAAUCUGCAGAAGUUGGCACAAAUGUUGGAGUAAUACAAGCAAGUGACCAAGACAGUGGUGAAGAUGGUGUCAUAUAUUAUUUGUUUGUCGGAUCUAGUAACGACAAAGGCUUUAACAUUAAUUCUCAAACCGGUGUUAUUAGAGUUGCUCGAUACUUAGAUCGAGAAACACAAAAUAGAGUUGUUCUAACUGUUUUGGCCAAAAACUAUGGUAGUAUACAUGGCAACGAUACUGAUGAAGCUCAAGUUAUAAUAUCAAUACAAGAUGGAAAUGAUCCUCCAGUCUUUUUACGCCAUUAUUAUGAAACAUCAAUGUCCGAAGGAGCGCGUAUUGGUCAAAAUGUCAUUCAAGUACAAGCCGUAGAUAAGGAUGUACGACCUCAAAACAAUCAAUUUAGUUACUCUAUUCUAUCUGGAAAUGAUAACCAUGAUUUUAAAAUUGACCCACAAAGUGGGCUGAUAGAGGUUAGCAGAUACCUCGAUCGAGAGAAGGUGUCAACAUAUUCACUUAUAAUAGGCGCUAUCGACACUGGGGUUCCACCACAAACUGGAACUGCAACAGUAAAAAUAACACUUUCUGAUAUAAAUGAUAAUGGACCUAUUUUUGAUACAGACAACUUUGAUGGUUCCGUAUAUGAAAAUGAACCGCCUAAUACAAGUAUAACUACGCUCUCUGCUACAGAUCCAGAUUUACCACCAAAUGGCGCGCCGUUUUCGUAUAAACUAAUAGGAGGAAAACACCAGAGUUUUGUCAAAGUACACAAACAUACAGGAGUAUUACUUACAACUAAAAAAAUUGAUCGAGAACUUACUCCCUACUUAGAAAUAGACAUACAAAUCGAAGACAGUGGAAACCCAGUAAUGACAUCAAAUUACACAAUUCAAGUAAAGGUUUUAGAUAGGAAUGAUAACCCGCCAACACCAAGAUCUGUUCAUGUUUUAGUUUAUGCCUUUAACAACAAAGUACCAAUAGGCAAGAUAGCCGAUGUUAAGCCAAAUGACCUUGAUGUGGUAGGAGAUUACAAAUGUAAAAUUAUAAAAGAGACAACUACUGAAAAUACACUUUCACUUUUAACUAUACGAAGAGGAUGUGAUCUUUAUACCAAUUCUAUAAAACCAGGACAAGGAUAUUCUUUUUCAGUCUCUGGAAAUGAUGGUAUUCACAGAGAUGUGAUUUCAUCAGUAAGUCUUGAGUACUUUUUAUAUGAUAACGAAACUGUAGAGCAAUCCGUCACACUCCGCAUACUCAACAUAACUGCCACAAAUUUUUUGACACAUUAUUACCGUAUCUUGUUGGAAAUUUUAAAAGUUGGUCUAAAGAAUAAGGAAGUAAUUUCGAUAUAUAGUAUCAAUGAAUCAAAAGAUAGUUUGGAUUUGACCAUAGCAAUAAAAGAGGGUAAUUCUAUAUGGAAAAAAGAAAAUACGGAGUAUCACCUGAAGUCUAAGGAGGCAGAAAUAAAAAAAGUAAUAAAGAAACAACUCAUAAUACCCUACUUUCCUUGUUAUAAAAAUCCUUGCCAACAUUCAGGCAUAUGCAGUGAUGCCAUCAAUGUCAUAAAUGAUACAAAAGUAAUUGAAAGUUCAGCCUUAAUCAUUGCCUCGCCCGCAGUGGAGCAUGACUAUAACUGUCUCUGUAAUGAUAGAUUUGUGGGUAAAAACUGUGAAAAACGUCAAGAUCCUUGUUCACCAAACCCAUGUAAAUUUGGGGGACUUUGUCGAAAACAAGGUCACGAUUUCAUGUGUUCAUGUCCAGCUCGCCAUGAAGGUAAAACUUGUGAAGUAGAAAGAGAUGACGCAUGUAGUAGCAAUCCUUGUAAAAAUGGCGGAUCUUGCAAAGAAAGCUCAGAUCGAACUUCAUACUUCUGUUUAUGUCGUCCGGGCUAUCGUGGAAAUCAAUGUGAAGGUCUCAUUGAUUCAUGUAGACCUAACCCAUGUUUACAUGGCGGAAUAUGCAUUAGCCUUAAACCAGGAUAUAAAUGCAGCUGUACGAAUGGUCGCUAUGGGACACAUUGUGAAAGCUCAACGUUUGGCUUUAAUGAACUGUCAUAUAUGCAGUUCCCAGCCUUAGAUGCAUCGACUAAUGACAUUACCUUGAUAUUCGCUACAACUAAAGCAGAUGCCCUUCUAUUGUAUAACUACGGAGCACAGACGGGUGGUCGGUCAGAUUUUAUAGCUAUAGAACUACUGGGAGGGAAACCUGUAUUUUCCUUCGGAGGCGCGAGAACCUCGAUAACAACUGUAGCUAUUACGGACACUGAAAGAAAUUUAGCCGACGGUAAAUGGUAUAAGUUAACAGCAACAAGAAAUGGGCGAGUUAUUUCACUGAGUAUUGCUUCAUGCACAGACCACGGCGACAUAUGUACAGAAUGUGAGCCAGGCGACAAAUCCUGCUAUGAUGAUGCUACUGGUCAAGCUGGCACCCUUAACUUCAACAACGAGCCUCUUCUUAUUGGUGGUUUAGAAAAGGCAGAUCCUGCUUUAGAACGACCAGGUCAAAUACAUUCUGAUGACUUUGUAGGCUGCAUGCACAGUAUAUCAGUAAAUGGCCGAUUAUUGAAUUUAACCAUUCCAUUGAAAGCAAGAGGCGUUGAAGCAAAUUGCGAUAGAUCAGAAAAUGGAGCAUGUUACAAGAAUGAUUUAUGCGGCAGUGGUGAAUGUGUUGAUCGUUGGAAAACGAAUUAUUGUAAAUGCGGAGGUAAUAUAAUCUCAUCAGACUGUGGCUCUUCAUUACAAAGUAUCUCUGUUGCAGAGACUGGAUUUUUAUUUUACACAAUUUCCGAAAAACACAGACGUAUGCAACUGCUUGAAUCCUUUUAUGGAGGAAGCACUACGUGGGAUAAAAAAACAAGUAGAAGUUAUGGUAAAACUGUAUCUAAAUCCAAUAAUCCAACUAAAACUUUAUCUUUCUCUUUUAAAUCUCAUAAGCCGUUUGGUUUGCUUUUUUAUGCUGCUACGGAUAAGUACUAUACCUUAGUAGAAUUAAUUGACGGAAAGGUCAGUUACACUUCAAAACAAAGUUCACUUGUGAAUAUGACUCAAACUGAGCAACACGAUGUUUCUGAUGGCAACUGGCACAAUGUUACGUUGUAUGCCUAUGGAAGGAGUAUUAAAUUAAUCGUGGAUAAUAAAAUUGUCGGUGAGGAGCUUGAUGCUGCAAGUGUACAUGAUUUUCUUGAUCCAUACUUAACAGUUAUAUCAUUAGGUGGUGUCAAAUCGGAGUGGAUAUCAAAUUAUCAGAAAUUCGAAGGUUGUCUCACAAAUUUUACAGUAAAUCAUGAAAUCCAACCAUUCACAGGAAAUGGAAGCAUUUUUAAAGAAGUUAACCGUAAAGGAAAAGUGAUAUCUGGAUGUCAUAGUGCUUUUGGAGCAGGCUUAGCCCAAAACCCUGAUCCAUUAAGCAUCGGGAUAACACUAGUCAUAUCAUUCUUUAUCAUUCUAAUAGUAGCCAUAUUAGUUUCUUUCAUAGUUUUCCGCCUUCGAAAACAGAAAAAAGAAAAGAACGGUGUUCCAAAUCUAAAAAGUAAUGCUGUACAUUCCAAGCAAAACGGGGGACCGGCUAUGCUUAAUGCACCUAAUUUAAUCGCUGGUACAAAUGACAAUUUAUUAAAUAGAAAUAUGCACACUAAUGAAACAAGUCUAAGCAGUUAUAUGUCAGAAGGUGCUGAUAUUAUGCGAAAUGUGGGUCAUAUUGUCGGACCGGAGCUACUAUCCAAAAAAUAUAAAGACCGGGAAAUAAUGAACCUUGAUCCUCCACGGCCCCAAAGACCUGAUAUCAUUGAAAGGGAAGUAGUAGGAAAAAGCCCAGCCCUUAGAGACGAUCAUCACGUACUACCUCCAACGUCAACUAAUACCUCGCAUUCUCAUAAUCACGAGCACCCUAGUGGCAUGGAUUUAAAUUCUGAAGUACCUGAACAUUAUGACCUUGAAAAUGCAAGUUCUAUUGCGCCGUCGGAUAUAGAUAUAGUUUACCAUUAUAAAGGAUUUAGAGAAGCAGCUGGAGUACGGAAAUACAAAGCAACUCCGCCACCGAUUGCAAGCUAUCACCACAAACACCAAAAUCCACAGCAUAGGCAUUCACCACAUCAUUCAAGUGGCUAUCCACCCAGAGCACUCCCACAGGCUUCCCAGCCACCUCCUCAACCAAGACAACAUCAAACAACACCUCUUGCACGACUAUCGCCAAGCAGUGAGCUCAGCCAACAGCCAAGGAUAUUAACGCUGCAUGACAUUUCAGGCAAACCACUUCAGAGUGCUUUGCUAGCCACAACAUCUAGUUCCGGUGGUGUUGGUAAAGAUGCGUUACAUAGCAAUAGUGAAAGAAGUUUAAAUAGUCCAGUUAUGUCACAGUUAAGCGGACAAAGUUCGUCAGCAGGAAGAAAAACCCCUAAUGUAUCGGCUCAAGUGCCUCAAGUUUCUGUUGGCUCCGGAGCUGUGGGGCUAACUGCUGAGGAAAUAGAGAGAAUGAAUGCCCGGCAGCGCACUUCAAGUUUAGUAUCCACAUUAGAUGCUGUGUCAAGCUCUAGUGAAGCGCCUCGUAGUGGCGGGGUCAAUCACCAUAUGUCCCAUAGACACCAUUCCCCACCGGUGGAUAAUAGGAGUUCAACGGGGUCAGACGACGAAAGUGGGAAUGACAGCUUUACGUGUUCAGAAAUAGAAUAUGAUAAUAAUAGUUUAAGUGCCGAUAAACCCGAAGAUGUUAGAAGGCCUAACGUGACUAGUACCAAUAAUAGUAAAAAGCCGAUACUGCCACCACCAUAUGAAAGUUUCGAUUCCUCCUUUCGUGGUUCCUUAAGUACUUUAGUCGCUUCGGAUGAUGAUAUAGCGCCACAUGUAGGAGCAGUUCUAUACAGGCAAGCCAAUGGAUCUCCAGCCCCGGCAACGUUGGGUUGGGAUUACCAUUUGAAUUGGGGACUUAACUUUGAAAGUAUGAUAGGCGUCUUUAAGGAUAUUGCUGAACUGCCAGACUCAGUAAAUGGACGCAUGUCUUCCUCAUUAAGGCUUCCUAAUGGAACACCGAAACCUUCAGAAGAAUAUGUUUAA